AUGACUAUCGCCUUGCCCGGGCCGAGGACGACCAAGGACUCAAGGCCGCGAGCGUUGAUCCUCCGUGGCCCGGACACGGUUGGUGUAGAGGAUUUAUUAAUUCACAAGCAAGCCGAGCCUGACUCCACCCGCGAGAGCGCUGAGGCGGACGACGUCACAGCGGGCUGA